AGUGGUGUAGAAAGUUCACUUGAUUUUGGAAUCUUCGAUUACAAACCAAAUCGGAUCCAAUCGAUGAUUCCGGCGAGGAGGUUUCUGUUAUCUCCCUUUGUUGGCGUCACGGUGAUUGUUGUUCUCGUCGCUCUCUACUUCAGAUCUUCCCUUAAGUCUCCACUUCACCCAAACCAAAGGUUAUUCUCUGCUGAAGAGUUGGCAUUGUAUAAUGGCACUGAUGAAACGUUACCUAUACUCUUAGGGAUUCUUGGAUCUGUGUUUGAUGUGACGAAAGGAAAAUCUCAUUACGGUAGUGGAGGAGGUUACAACCAUUUUGCUGGAAGAGACGCUUCGCGUGCUUUUGUUUCUGGGAACUUUACAGGAGAUGGACUUACAGAUUCGUUACAGGGGUUAUCUAGCAGUGAGGUGAAGAGCAUUGUUGACUGGCGGGGUUUCUACUCCAGGACCUACAUUCCUGUUGGGAAGCUUGUUGGGCGGUACUACGAUAGCCAAGGUAAUCCAACUAAACAUCUAAAAGGAGCUGAAGCAAAAGCCUCUAGAGGUGCACAACUUAUGGAGAAACAAAAGACGGAGGAAGCCAAGCAACCGAGUUGCGACUCACGAUGGAGUCAAGAUGAAGGUGGAGAGGUUUGGUGUGAUGUUGGGGUGCCGAGAUUGGUACAAAGACCUUUAGAGAUAGCAAUAACGGGGUCAAUGAGCAAACGUUGUGCUUGUUUUAAGGAAGACGAACUUGAUCAGUCUGGCUUGGAGGUCUAUAAAGACUGCGAGCCUCUUGCCAAGACUUGCAGGGUUUAAAUGUGAUCACGAGACUUGUCUUAACAAGUUUGCAAAUUGCAGUAGCUUGUUCCUUCCAGUCUUCUGUGUACCAUUGUACUCUUGUAUACACAUAGAAGUCCUUUUCUUUGGUAUCGAUGCAUUGCGAGUAGUUUAUGUGUAAUUAAUUUAAACGGCAGAUCGUUUCAAAGUUCUAAAUAUACUACGGGUAUUUUGGUUA